AAGAGGAAAAUUUGGGGAGUGUGAUGUUCUGAACAGGAACUGAUACAACCGUUUUAAAAGGGAGAGGAGGAGAGAGAGAGAUGCUGUGGGAAGCCUGGCUUUAGGCAGAGCAGUUCUGCUGUGAGGACCAAGCCAGACCUUCUGGAGUCCUCGCUGGGACAAGCGCAGAGAACGCCAAGCGAAGUCAGAGAAUGAUUUUUUAGUGAGUUUACCAUGGCUGAGUCAUUAAAGGAAGUGUCCAGCAGCAUGGAAGCUUUGGAAGGCCCAGAGGAGGCAAAGAAGAAAUCCAAGUUUAAAGCCUUUAGGAACUUUUUUGGCAAGAAAAAGAAGAAAGAGCCAGAAGGUGUCCCAGAAGGGAAAGAGCAAAAGCCAAGGUUUUCCAGCGGCAGUCUCAAGUCAGUGGCAGAAGUCCAAAUGAUGGAGCCCAAGCCUAAGAGCAGCAUGGGAGCCAAGGCCAUAUCCCAUGAUAGUGUCUUCUGUUUGGAGCCUGAGCCUGAAGCAUUAGCAAGCAAACUGCACUCUUCUCCAGAUUCCCAGAGAGGCAGAUCACAGAAGAGAUCUCUUAUCUCCAGAUCUCUGUCGAAAGUCACAGAAACUGAUGCCCUUGGAGCUUCGAGUGGAUCUGUGGGCCGCUAUGAACCCAGAAGUGAACUCUGGGUCUCAGAUUUCAAGAUUUCCGAGAUCCCACCUCUGCGCUUACGGAAACUCAGUAUCAGCCCGAAUGUUGUCCGAUCCCAGAAAGUCUCUAGGGACAUCAGAACAGCCUUUUCCGGUGACAAGACACUCAAGAGCUGCAAAAACAACUCUUCAUCACACCAUUCACCAACACCAAGGAAGAGCAUCUCGGAACUGUCUUCAGAUCUAUCACAGUCCUCUCAAAGCAGCACUCAGCAGCCCUUGGGGUUCAGUACCCCAGCCACUUCACAAGGCUGCUUGGAUUCUUCAGCUGCUAAAUACAAGAUAGCUUUAAGCCCCCGGAAACUGAAGAGGAAGAAGACAAUUUCCUUGUCUGCCAAAGAAAAGCAGGAAGAGCAGUAUCCUUUGCUGGGGAUUAAAGAAAAGGGUAUAACCAAGCCGAAACAAGCAGACCAAAUGGAGCAGAAGAAGGACAACACAGGGCCCUCAAGCCAGGAGCAGAGCUACAAAACUGAAGCUCAGGAUAAGAAUACAAGAGAGCAGACUCUAAGUACCGAUGGUGCCUCAAGUACAGGAUACUCGACUUCAGGAUCCCAACCAAGAAGACGUAGAAGAAGGGCCAAAAGUGAGUGGGGGCUCAUCGACAGAAGCCUUGCACAAUACCCUCAAGAGAGUGACCAGGACAGUAAAACUGAUUCCUCGCCUAAUGAAGAGGUGGUCAGCAGGGACCACUCUUUCUUGAAGCUCUUCCUGGAGAAGCAUACCACAACUGCAGAAGUGCAACUUACUACUCCUCAGGAGAUGUCUACAGAUAAAAGGAAUGUGAAGGGGGAAAUGGCUGCCAUAAAUGUUGAAGUCCAAAGAACAGCAGCACCACAACCUACACCUACAAAUGUGGCCGAGUCCACGGUUGAUGGUCCACCACCCAGCCAUGAAGAAGGCUCUUCUGAAGGCAAGAAGAACAGGGAUAGAGCUGCUUUGUUGUCGCGGCUAAAUAAAUCUUCUACAAGCCAAGAAGAGGCCACUGUCUCGAGGAAAAUAGAGGUCCAGGCAUGUGUACAUCAUUCUCAAGUCCGUGGAGAAAAGGAAGAAGCAUCCAGCCUUGGUUUGCAAAGGUUUCAACCCAAAAUGGAAAGCACAGCUUACCACAGAGAGAGGUAUGCCAGAGGUUCUCUUCAGGCUUUUUCAGCAAGUGUUUCAAGCGCUAACGCAGAAGAUGACGUUCCUACACAGAGAUUGCCUCUUCCUUUCAGAAGGUGGCCAACUGAAAGGGAAAUCUCCUCUGAUACAAAGAGUUCUUCAGAGUAUGAGAGUAGUUCUGAAGUGCAACCGGGUCCCACACAUUCUUUUCAGCUCUCAUGGAACCCUCAAGAUGAUGAUGAUGUCUUCCUCAAAUCAGAACAUGUAGGUGCAGAACUGAGCAAGGUGGAGCGGCAGCCCCCUCUUGGCUAUUGCUCCCAGUCAUUUGGAAAACCCAAAGCUAGAGAAGUCUCCUUAGACCUAGAAAGUUCAGAAGAUCAGAGAAGCUGUGAGGAGAUGACAUCUGCCCACUCUUCCCAGUCCUUGGGGGAGUUUGAAGAAUGCUCAGAAUCAAGAAGUUUUAUCAUAGAUUCCAUCUCUCAAGAGCAGUUGGCUCCCAGGAGACAUUCCCAGGCCUUGCAGGGGUCUGAAGAAAAGGAAGUCUCCACAGAGUCAAGUAGUUACGUUGAGAAGUACCACAGUUCUGAGGAUCUUAGCAGCACGGAGGAAGAGCAGCCUCCUGAAUGUUCCAAACAGACCCGGGGUCAGUUCAGAGACCAGCAAGAAGUGCCUCCAGUUUCAAAGAGUGCUCCAAAAGAGUUGAGUGUUUCUGCCAAGCCGCUGCGCCCCAUGCACACAUCUCUACCUAUUGUGAGCCCUAUUAUUCAGCAGCAAACCCCCAUUUCAAUGAACAUUUCUGUAGGACAGAACAGAUCUGUGGCACCGCUGCCUCUCAGCCACACUGUCAAGCGGUGGGUGAGCCCUCAGUCAGAGCAUCAAAUGUUUGCAGGUCCAGAUAGAAAGGCUUUGAUGCACCCAGUGGGGUACAAUGUUGAGCAAAAUGUACCUUCGAGUACAGACAUUUCGACCAUGGAAGAGGUGGCUUCUGUGGAGGCUCUGGUUCUCAGACACCAUUCUCAGCCCCCAAUCAGACCAGUACUUGAGAAAGAUGUUUCUGCAGGCCCAGAGCUUGCUGUUUUUAAAGAUCGUAUUGCUUCACAGCCUCCCAGAUACUCUUCCCAGCCCUUGGUGAGAUCAAACACCAAGAAGGAAAUACCACUGGGUGCAGAAAGUGCUGCAUUUGAGGGAAGCCGUUUUGUGGAGCCCCUGACUCCUCAGCAUCAUUCUCAGCCCCUGGUGAAACCCUUCAUCCAGCACCAGGCUUCUGCUUUUGAAAGAGGUGUUCCUAUUGAUCCAAGGCUUCAGGCACACCCUUUCCAGCCAUGGACAAAGUCUCAAGGGAAGCGAUCAUUUUCAACUCCAGAGAGCACAGCUUUUGAAGGGAACCCUUCUACGGAGCAUGGGCGUCCUACCCUUUCCCAGCCUGUGCAGCAGCCUUAUCAAAAUGUGCCUUUAGAAUCUGAAGCUGUUGCUGCAAAGAUAAUUUCAAUGGGCCCACUGCACACCAAAUAUUCUGCUCAGUCUUUACCACCAAAUCCUCAAAGUCAUCCAGCCUCAGAAAAUACCUCUGUAGAAGGUGCCACUUUGGUGGAGCUACUGCCUCCUCAGCCUUCAGUAAAGCCCAAAUUCCAGCCACAGAUGACCCGAGAUCCAGUGAGUGCUUCCACUCAGUGGGGCAGCCCUAUGGAGCCAGUAUCUGUUCAACGUAUCUUCCAAACACAGGCUAGCCCCAAAUUUAAGCAAGUGCCUACAGGUCUAGAUAGCCCUGAAGCCCAAGGGGGCAUCUCUAUGCAGCCAGGUUCCCCCAGAUGCCCUUCCCAGUCAUGGUUGACUCCUACCUUUGAGCAAGUAUCUGUACCCCCUGGCAAUGUUCCUUCUGCAUGGUCCAUUCAUAGUUAUCCAACAGCUCCCAGAAUGCCUUCUCAGCCCUUGAUGGGAUCAGUAGGCCAACAACCAGUUUCCUCAGGAUCCAUGACCACAUCUGUACAGCAGAUCAGCACUGUAGAGCCAAUGUCUUCUAGACACCCUUUGCAGCCAUGGCCGACUUCUUCAUUUGAACAAGUCACUGUGCCCUCAGACAGUGCUGCAGCGACAGCCUGGGGCAUUCCUGUUGAUCCACCAGCUACCAGAAUGCUCUCUCAGCCCUUGAUGGGGUCAGUAGUCAAACAACCAGUCCCCACUGAGUUAGUGAGCAUUUCUGCACCACAGAGCAGCUCCGUGGAGCUAAUUCCUUCUAGAUUCCCUUUCCAGCCAAGAGUAGAUCCAGAGAGUUAUACAGCAGAGGAGGGAGUUUCUGUAAUGAUGAGGCCUAGAAGACGUCAUUCUCAGCCCCCAAUAAGCACAGAAUUCAAGGAAGAAGUUUCCUCAGAUUCAGUGAGAACUUCUGGAGAAUGGGGCAUUCCUAUCAAGCCAAUGCCUUCCAAUUUUGCUACUCAGCCAUGGCUGGGCCCUGCAUUUGAGCAACAAACCUCAAAUCUAGAAGGUUUUGCCAAAGAGGGGGAUGUUUCUAAGGAAGCAUGGCUUUCCAGAAAUCCUUCCCAAGUCAUUAUCAAACAUCAAGUCCAGAAAACCCCCUCAAGUUUUGAGAGUACCUCUGUUGAGGGAGGCACUCCUUGGAAGUCAUUGUCUCUCAAAGGUCCCACCUCAUUCUUAAUGAGACCUAAAAUUCAGGAAAUGUCCUCCAGCCUAGAGAGUGUUACUGCUCAAGACAGCUCUAAGAAACCACAGGACAGCAGCUCGCCUUCCCAGUCGUUUGUGAAGUUUAUGGCAGAGCAAAUCUUUUCAGGGACCACUGCUAGUGAGACGGACAGUUAUACGAAGCCUAUGCUUCAGAGCCGAAGCCGUCCUUCCAGAUCCUUGUUGAAGCCUAAACUCGAGGAGCAAACUUUCCUAUAUAACUGGGAUGAUGAACCCAAGGAAGACACCGCUUUGAAGGCUCUGCCCAUGAAGCAGCCUUCACAGUCACUCAGAAGGCCUGAAGAGUCACAGGAAAUUCUGUCAUAUUCUGAGGGUGCCCCUGCGAAGUGGAGCAGUUCUGCGGUGGAUGUCUCUCAGCCCCUCGGAAAGCUUGAGUAUGGCCGGAAAGUCUCAGUUUCGGUCAGUUUUCCCAAAGAGUGGGUGAGGUCUGAAGAACAGCUGCCUUCCACACAGCCUUCUCAGGCCUUCAAUGUAGCUGGGCUGCAGCCACCGAUUUUAUCAACAGGCUCUGCAAAUGUUCCUGUGGACUGGAGCUAUCCCGAGGGGCAUUGGGCUCCCGGUCAGCCUACUCAGGCUUUCUUGAUCACUGACUAUCAGCAACAAGUUUAUUUAAGCUCUGCUAAUGCUGCUGCCGAAGGGACCAUUUCUCAAAAUACUGGCAGCUGGUCUUGCCCAGAUUCUCCAAAGAAAACCACGAAAUACACACAAGGCUAUGGGGACCUCAUUCCAAGCACCCCAACUUCUGUUACCAAACCUGGAAAGCUCACUACUGGUCCCGCCCAGAAAUCAUUCGUUUCCACAGGCACUUACUCCAAGGAGGAAAUUCCUCAGGGUCCUGAUGGAAACGAGAGCCCUUCGAUCAUAUCCACCAGCAAGGCUGAUGUCGAAAAUGUUUUUGGAGUGCGACUUCGAAGAAUUUCACAGAAGAGUGGGACUGAGAAUCUAGAUCCUUGUACGCCGGUUGUCCCAGCAAGCAAAGAAUGGAUGGACAAAGGAGCUCCCCAGGGCUUCAGUGGAAGCCUAGGGAAUUUCAGCCAAAUACUUAGCUUUGCAGAAAAACAAGGGAGCAGGCCCAGAUAUGAAGGCCCUUUCAAGAAGCCAGCAGUUUACAGGCCUCCAGGAAAGACCUCUAAUUGGAAGGCAGAUUACACUACAGAACCAGCUUGGAUCAAUGUGGCGAAACAGAGGCAAAAGGGCUUUGUAUCACGCUUUCUCAAAAAAACAAAGGCCAGAGCUGAAGCUAGGGCUGAGACCAAGGAACCAAGAUAUGAGUCAAAUUAUGAGCCAGACUUGGAAAUUCCAGUAAAGGAACAUGAACCCAUAGCUGAUACCCCGUCAAGAACGACUUUUUCUUCCACUGUUCCCAGACAGGAGAUGUCAAAGCUGUAUAAGUCUACAAAAACAGUUGCAUUUGAUGCUCAGAACUUGCCUCAUCCAUACAUCAGUGAAAGAGAAACCAGACGCUCUUCAAGUCUGCCACCCAAAUUUUCGCCACCUGAGGAGCCUGUGUGGUUCGCAAUGGCCAAGAAGAAAUCUCAAGCAUGGAGCCAAAUGUCAGAGAUCAUGAAAUAAAUAGCUCCUGGACGGAGCAUCAGCAUUUUCAGUAAUAAUUGCCAGUAGCUGUGGUAAUUUCAUAUAACAUUUUUACUAGGGCUAGUUUUUAUUUAGAAAAAUAACAUUAGAAAUAGAAAUUAACAUUUUAAUUAUUUGAAUGAAAUAAAUGCUACUAAUGUCUAACCUUCAGUAAGUCACUACCAAUAUCCCCAAACCCAGCAUGUUCUCCAGAAAAGUUAUGCUAUAGAAAUGCAAAACAUUGUGCCUUAGAAGAAAGAAAAUAACCGUAUUUUGCUCCAGCAACUAAAAGAUUGCCAUUUCUUUCAACCAAAUAAUUUCAAUGGAAAGAUUCAGGUAAUUUAGCCCAGGGAAUGGAUGUACUUUCAACCAAGAAGAUGGCAAGACCACUAGUUAGACUGUGUCUGGGUCCUCUGGAGAGUGUCCUUCCUCUCUGGCUCCAGGCUUAAGGCAAAGAACUCUGGGUAACUCAGCAUCUUAGUUACUUUUCCUAGUGCUGUAAUAAAUUCUCUGAUAAGAUCAACCUAAAGGAGAAAGGGCUUAUUUUGACUUAGAGUUCAAGUGUGCAGCCCAUCAUAGCAGGGAAUUCUCAGCAGCAGGAACUUGAGGAAGUUGGUCACAUUGCUUUUCCAGUCAAGAUAUGGAAAGUAGUGAAUUACUGUGUUCAAUUCACUUUCUGGAAUGUAUAUAUAUAUUCCAGGAUCCAAAGCCUAUGGAAUGGUGUCACCUAUGGCAAGUGGGUUUUCCCCACCUUAAUUAACUUUUCCAUGUUCAAUUUCUCCACAUUUAUUAUAUCUCUCAAGUUUAGCAAACAUUAUGAGAGAUCUACAUUUAGAUGCCUUAACAGUAAACCUAACUCCAAAGGACAUCCUAAUUCCAAAGGACAUCUACUUUUGUCACAUUGUGCUUGCUUUGCUUAAACAGACAUGCAGCUUUGAACAUCUAUGUUGGAUGCUUCCCCAUUCAAAACCAAGUUUAGAGAGGCAAUGAGAUUCUAUAGCUAACUUAAAUAAUUGGUGCUGGGUUUUGCUGAUGAUGGUAAAAUGACAUACAUGCUCUACAACAUCAUGCUGGAUUUUUCAUUUAAUCUAUAAGACAUCUCCUUAUUUUGAUCCUCUAGUUUUGCCCUUUUGAUAAUGUUAAGUUUUUGAUUGACUGGAUUUCAUUCCAUUUAUAUUCCUAUAGUGAAUAGUUUAUUUAAGCCAAUGCCUUUAACAUAGGUAAUCCUGGUAUAUUAGCUCUAACACUUCCCUUCCCCAUUUUUGCCUAUACCUUCAUUACAUCAUCCUCACUGUGAGAACUCCCCCUUAAUGAUAUCUCUCCAAGUACUAACAGACCUCAGUUUUUAAUCAUGAGCUUAAGUUUUUUCAGUGCCUAGAAAUGUAUUAUGAUAAGUUUACUUGUUUCUUUUAGCUUUCUUGUUUUUUUUUUAUUAAUGCUAAGCAAAUAAAUUCAAUAAAGCUUGUUCUGUAGUCCA